GGUGGGAGCAGGAAACCUGCCCACCCUCAUCUCAACAUUUGGUUCGUACCCUCAUCUGCCAUCCGCAUCGAAUCCUCACUCACUCCCCUUUUGAUCUUGAUUUACACUGUAUCAUGGCACCAAAGGAACUCGCUUCUGAGACAUAUGACUACAUCAUUUGCGGUGGUGGCACGGCUGGAUGUGUUCUGGCUGGUCGAUUGGCCGAAACUGAGAACUCCACCAUCCUGAUAAUCGAAGCAGGGCCACAUCAAGAAGCCGUUCCGGCUGCAACUAUACCUGCCGCUGUUUCAAAGAUUUUGGGGACGGAAGCCGAUUGGAAUAUCCAGAGUGAGCCUUGUGAACACUUGAAUAAUCGCAAGCUCCAUCUUGCACGGGGAAAAUUCCUAGGAGGAAGCAGUGGAUGCAACGGAACGCUCAGUAUUCGUGGGGUGCCUCAAGAUUACGACGACUGGAAUGUCGCCGGCUGGAGUGGAGAGGAAAUGUUCCAUUACAUGAGAAAGGCGGAAGACUUUCGCUCCAAUGAUUGGUUUGAAGGGGCCAUCCAAGCACAUGGCAGAGACGGGCCCAUUAUCACGUCGCCACAUGAGCCGGCGCCUAUCUCGGAGCGGAUGCUUCAGUCUUUCCAGUCGAAGGGCUUUCUCCUGCUACCCGACAUGUUCACAACUGGCGAAAGCGCAGUUGGAUGCGGACAUGCCGUGCGUACAGUUUACAAGGGCGUCCGCAGUACGCCUGUUGAAUUUCUGAGCCGUCAAAAAGGCGGGACAAGCAAUGUUACCAUCAAGACAGGAAUUUUCGUUGACAAGAUACUCGCUCACAAUGUCGACGGAAAACUCCGUGCUUCCGCAGUAAUAGUAGAGGGAGAAGACAUGUCUAAGAUGACUUUUGUGGCUCGUCGGGAGAUCAUUCUUGCUGCAGGCACGUAUGGCAGUCCGGCAAUUCUGCUACGUUCUGGCAUUGGCCCCGCCAAAGAAGUCGCCGAGUUAGGUGUUGAGCCUCUGCUGGACCUCCCCGGAGUGGGGAAGAAUCUCAUGGACCAUUUAGUCUUGCUCAACUUCUAUGAGGUGAGCGAGCCAGGGUUGACUCACGACCACCUAAUCUGGCAUACUGGAGGGCGUGAGAAGUCCAUGCAAGCAUACAAGGAAUCGCGAACGGGGUUCUUCUCACAAUUCCCCUUUGGAGCAUUCGCAUUCACUCGUCUCGACGAUCGCUUGAAGAACAGCCCCCUGUGGACAACCACCAAAACCGACGACGAAAGAGAUGCCAUGGGAACAUUGCCAUGCCAGCCUCACGUCGAAUUCUGGAACACGGAGUGUUACUCGCCAAAGUACAUGUUCAAGGACUUCCCGCCAGAUGGCAAGUACGCGUUCGCCAUGGCGACGAUGUUUUUCCACGCCAGAUCGCGCGGGGAGGUGACGCUGCGGUCCUUUGAUCCGAGGGAGAAUCCCAGGGUCCAACAUAACUAUUUGCAGGACCCGCUGGAUAUGUUGGUGUUCAGCGAGGCGUGCCAACUCGCGAAUGAGAUUGCCUUGGAAGGAAUGGGUACGAAAGAUGUUAUUGCUGGGUCGUGGCCCGUUGGGCAAGGACAUGACAAAUUCACGAGGAGAGAGCAAUGGGAGGAGGCGAUAAGGGAGCGUGCCGACACUUGUUACCAUCCCGCCGGAACCUGCAAGAUGGGCCGUCGAGAAGAUGAGAUGGCCGUCGUCGAUGCGGAAUUGUGUGUCCAUGGCGUGGAAGGUUUGCGGGUGGUGGAUGCCAGCAUCAUGCCGCUUUUGAUGAGUGGGCAUCCUCAGAUGCCGGUCAUGGCGAUCGCGGAGAAGGCUGCGGAUCUGAUCAAGGCGCGGUGGGCCCUCGCGGCAUAGUCAUAUAAGUGUUGAGCUUAUUAAAGCUUCUUUUGUAGUCCCUUAGUGUCAGGUUCGCAAGUUUGUCCUGCGCAUACUGCCGAUUGGAUGAUGGAGAACCAUCACAUCCGCC